AUGAAACUUAUACUCAUCAAGACAACAGCAAAUAGAGAGGAGCAAGUUAUUGUCAACAAUACCAAUAGAGCCAGACAUAAUAGGGGCAAAAAGCGUGCAAUAAAAGGAGAUACGAGAGCUGUACGACAGCACAGAAAGGAGAAACGUAAUACUGGCCAGGAAUAUGUAAAUUUCAAAGAAAAAAAAAAAGCUGCACGCAUCAUGCAGCCUCUUAAACCUUGCAGAAAUAAGUGUAGAGAAAAUAUUUCUGAAGAAGAAAGACAUAAACUCUUUACUGAAUAUUGGGCUGUGGGGGAUUAUAAUAGAAAAACAGCUUAUGUUGCUGGUUUACUUGAAAUUAAGAAAAAAGCAGUAUCAAGACCCCGUACGUCUGUCCCAAAUAAAAGUAAACACCGCAUGAAUACAGUCUUGUAUCAUUUGCAAGUAAAUGGUAGGAACGUUUCCUUGCAACCUUCAAUGAACCUCAAAGAUUUAUAA